AUGCCAUCGAGAUGGNUAGAUACCUUAUUGAAUCGUCUAUUCGCUGACAAACAAGAGCAUACUGUUUACCUUAAGUGUCCACAACGUCAAAAAUUGACACAAGCUCUCAAACGUAUUUGUAUUCCUCUUACUUGUCCCAAUUUACGAUUAGAGUCAAACAUCAACUAUGCAUCUGAGCAGUUAUCCAAUCAAAAUUUAUCUACUUCAUUUAUUCCCUCUAAACCUCUUCGUAAACAACUAAGAAAAACUGUGCAUGAUGUUCAUGUCGAUCAAAUUAUUCGAGAUCAUCGUUGGAUUGUUCUUCUCGGCAGUUCAGGUUGUGGAAAGACAACAUUGGCUCGAUGGUUAACCUAUGAAUUUGCUCGAGCUAUAUCACGGAAUCUAGAGCAAGUCUCGAUUAAAGAUGGUGACGAAAAGAAACAUUUCGGACCAGUUCGUCUACCUAUUCUGAUUUGUGUAAGCGAAUUCACAGAUUGGCUACAAAGUCAUCCGACUUCUACACUAUUUGAUUAUCUUGGACAACACACAUGGCAGAAUAAAUCGUAUUUGGAAGAAAAAUUCGAAAUGAUACAAGAUUUUGUUCUUCAUCGACAUGCCUUGAUCAUCCUCGAUGGUCUCGAUGCAGUAGCCACAUUUGAGCUUCGUGCUCAAGCGUUAAAACUCAUACAAGAUUUUAUUGGUUCGUUCGUGCUUUCAUCAGAUUUUAUAUCUGUCUACGAUGAUGUCCAAUUAGCAAAGAUGUGGUCAACACAAGUAGAUCGAUGCGAAGGCAUAGAGCCCGGGAAUGUUAUUAUAAUCACAGGUAGAAUUGCCGGUUAUGAUGUUCAACCAUUGCGAAGCGAACUCAUCGCACAUCAUAGAAUCAUACCUAUGACUCCAAAAGAUGUGUCAGAUUUUGUUACGACAUGGUGCACUGAUGUGCAAGCAAAAGUAAUUAAUUUGUUUAUUACAAUUGUACCAAAAUUAAAAGAUAGACAACUCGCUGAAAAUCAAGAUUGGCUUUGUGCCAGUAAACUUCUCGAAAUAUUUCAUUCAAGAAAGGAAAUAACUGCAUGGGCAUCAAAUCGACGUCUUCUAUCCAUUUUGUGCAUUUUAUUUGCCCGACAUGGUAUCCCAUCGUUAGCCAAUACUCGCAUGUUAUUGUACCAACAAAUGGUCGAAUUAAUAAUUCAGCAAUCACAAACUGAAAACCAUAUACUCAAGUAUGUUCUUUCUCAACUUGCGUUGUAUAUCCAUUUGUGUUCAAAAUCAGGCCUUAUCGAUGAGUUCGAUUUAAAAACACUUUGUCGACUUUCUUUCAAACAAUGGCACAAUCAAAAUUCGAAUGAACAUUGUCCUCUAAGUUUAUCGGAGCUUCGAUACAAAACAGAACAAUUUAUUCAAAUACUCAAUGAAGACACAGGCAUGGUUGCGACUCCGUAUCUUGGUAUUUAUGGAUUUUUUCAUUCAAGCUUCCAAGAAUAUUUUGUUCACAUAUCGAUGAUGACAAAGAACCCAUCUCCUGAAGAACUGGCCCCUCGCUUUUACAAUUUCUACUCUCGACUUCCCAUGCGUGGUCCUCUCCUAUUUGCUAUGAGCAAAAUUAGCUCGGAAUGGGAUUGGGAACGUUAUAAUCGAUUUUGUGAUCAAUUGAUUUCGUACAAUAAUCAUUAUAAUAAAUAUGUUCCAUUAGGAGCUCUAUUAUUCGUUACAUCCCUUGCCGAUCUCACUUGUUUACCAUCCAAAUCGAUUGUGUUCAACGCAUUGGACUCAUUAUUGUUGGUGGAUGAUGAUGGGCCAGAAACAUGUUUUUUUCAAUCGUCGUUAUCCGCAGCUUUUAAUAUUCUACCAGUUCCAAUGGUUCACCAAUGGUUCGAACACGUCCUAUCGAGUAAUGUCGCUAGCCAUCUUAAAUUGAUACUGAUUGCAUGGACUGUAAUAAGCACAUGUGAAAUUUUUCCAAGAUGGAUCAAUUUACAUUUUUUAAGAAUAUUUUGCAAUUACUCCGGAGAUUUUGAAGAGAAGUUUGAUGUUUAUGUACAGAAAAUCUGGACAACAAUGAGUAUGACAAUUACUUAUCAACGAUCAGAACAUAUGUUUCAAAAUUUACGUAGUUAUCUAUUAGCUAAACCUGAUGUUUUUGCAAACUUGGAUACGCGGGUUUUAGCAGCCAUCAUUGCCUUGUAUGGAGGACUCGAAAGAACCGAAUCAAAGAAGGACGAAAAACGCCACAUAACAGUUCGUUUUUCUCCGCAACGUAUAUUUAAAAAUUCACCUUUGUCAUCCGUAUUCAUUGAUUAUCUGAAUGAUGCAGGAGAUCAAACGAGUCGAAUGCAACGUCUGAUCGAUCAGUGCCAUCAAAUCGUAUCUGGUGCUUCAUCAUCUGAUAUAUCACUACGACUAUCAUCAAUAUCCGAGUCAAAAUGCUCUGCAAUGGGCCGUACAUCAUCUAAAACUCAUUCGAAUUUAUCUGCACGAUUACUACAUCCACAUGAGAUCAGCUGA